AUGCCAGCAGCCCAGCACAACAGGUCAAUAGCAGUCCAAUUAGAUUCUCCCAACAGCCCAGCAGCGAGCAGCCCAGAGGACACAUGCCCACAUCGAUUAUACCUAUACGAGUAUACGACAUUCAGCCGCUGGCUGCUGCAACGAUUCAUCUGCCUCUUGAAAUCCUUCCGAUCCAACUUGCUGGCUUCCUCGCAGACAGUGGCAGAUCGUCUCCGCCCUCCAACAAACAUGGUAAAUUUUGACGAGCUUCCAUAUGAUCCAGCAGAUAGAAGAAAAAUUUCAGAUUACAUUGGUGAAAAGCUACAAAAUGAGAUAAGGCGGAAGUAUUUGAUUACAGGUCCUUUUAGACCACCGCUUGGUUUUAAAUAUCCUCAGAAAAUCAUAGCAGGUGUACCACGUCGAUUUCAGGCUGAAUGGUUCACAAAAUAUGAUUGGCUUGAGUAUAGUGAGAAGGUGUAUAAAUGUUUCUAUUUGUAUUGCUAUUUAUUCAGAGAUAGCAAUGAGGGCCAAGGUGGGAAUGAUGCAUUUGCAAAAGAUGGUUGGGAUGGAUUUAACAAAUCGGAUAGAUUGCAGGAUCAUGUAGGCAUCCGACCUAAUAGUUUCCAUAACACGACAGUCAAAAGAUGUAACAAUUUGAUGAAGCCUGAUCAAUCCAUUGUCAAUGCUUUGAACAAGCAGAAAGAUAUCACUAUAGAGGAAUAUCGUAAGAGAUUGAAUACUUCUAUUGAUGCUACUCGAUUCUUGUUGCAUCAAGGAUUAGCUUUUCGAGGUCAUGAUGAAUUAGAAGAGUCCAAAAAUAAGGGAAAUUUCCUAGAGCUAGUGGACCUUUUGGAAAAGCAAAAUGACAGCAAGGAGCAAAUGGCAGUGGUUUUGAGGUAUGUGGACAAGAGUGGGUCAAUAAAAGAAAGACUUAUUGGUCUAGUUCAUGUGAGCGAAACCUCAGCUUCAUGUCUCAAAUCUAAUAUUGAUAGUCUAUUUGGUAAGUAUGGAUUGAGCAUAAAACAAAUCAGAGGCCAAGGUUAUGAUGGAGCAAGUAACAUGAGAGGAGAGUUUAAUGGAUUGAGAGCUUUAAUCUUGAGAGAAAAUAGUUCUGCAUAUUAUAUUCAUUGCUUUGCUCAUCAGUUGCAGUUAGUCAUUGUUGCAGUAGCUAAAAAGAAUGAUGAUAUUGGUGAUUUCUUUGACAUGGUAUCUCUAUUGAUUAAUGUUGCUAGAGCCUCUUGCAAAAGGAAGGAUAUGAUUCGAGAAAGUCAACAAGAGAGAGUUGCAAAAGAAAUAGGCGGUGGACAACUUAGUACUGGAACAGAAUUAAAUCAAGAACAAUCACUUGCUAGAGCUGGUGAUACUCAUUGGUCAUCUCAUUAUAAAACUCUGAAAAGGAUAAGCAGUUUAUUCACAGAUGUUAGUGAAGUGCUCCAAUAUGUUGAAAAAGAAGGUCCCACGGAUGCCAAGAAACGUCAAGCUCGUGGCCUCAUGGACUAUCUCAAGGAUUUUGACCUUGUGUUCCACUUGCAGUAA